CUUCGAAAACCAUCAAAAGCAGGUGCACCCCCCUAACCUUAACCUUUACUUCACCUGCUCCAUUACCCCAUCCCUUCUCUUCCCACCCAAACCCAACUCUCCCAAUUCCGUUACCGUCAUCUUCUCACCCCCAUUUAUUUAUUUAUUCUCCUUCUCUUUCUAUCCUUUCCUCUUCCUCCAUCAAGCGCCUCACUUUCUGCCACUCCUUCACACAAACCACUCAACCCUCUUCCUACAUGAAGCGCCCACUUUCGUCAACCUCCGCCCAUCAUGACGACACCAAGACGAAGAAGGCCAAGGCGGUGAUGAUAGAGGAUGGAGAAGAAGAGGAAAUGGAACCCAUGGAGGUGGAGGGAUUAGGGCGCUUCGACGACAACCUGCUGUUUGAGGUUUUGAAGCACGUGAACGCGCGUACCCUAGCUAUGGCAGGGUGUGUCAAUAAGCAGUGGCACAAGACUGCACAGGACGAGAGGCUGUGGGAACUGAUCUGCACUAAGCAGUGGGCGAACACUGGAUGUGGAGAGCAACAGCUACGAUCGGUGGUUCUCGCCCUCGGUGGCUUCCGUCGCCUCCACGCGCUUUAUCUCUUUCCUCUUUCCAAACCUCAUACAUCUUCUUCGUCAUCCUCUUCAUCGUCCUCCUCCUCUCCCUGGGGUCCCACCAUCUCCCAAGUCACUCGAUCGAAACCCUUACGUUUGGGGAAGGACGAGGUUCACCUCUCUCUUUCGCUUCUCUCCAUUCGCUACUACGAGAAGAUGAAUUUCAAUAACCGAACCAGAUGAUUCCUUAUUAUUCUACUAUCCAUUAUCCAUAAUCUGUAAUCUAUUCGAUGUGUUACCUUUUCUAAACCUAAUUUCGGCUUUCGACCCUUCUUUUUUAUUUGGUGCGAUUUUUAGAUUUCAGUUGCCAGAUCGGCUUUUAAUUCAGGCAAUUAGUCUAAGCUGGAUGUGUUUUGUAACCUGUAUGUAUGUACUUUGAUUUGAUUAAUAAUAUAAUAUAAUGAGUAUUGGAAUGUA